AUGAAUCCCUCAGAAGAGGCUCUGGAUGCUAUGGUAGCCCUUGUUGAGGCCCAGUUGUUGCACAGCGAUGGUCCUGCCUCACCAGACCUGCUCAGUGAGCUGCAUGGGUCACCUGCACCUGCCUCAACCCCCGAGUCUGCAACUGACAACUCGGAGCAGUCGACACUGGAACGUUUUCCAGCCACGACAAGAGAGGUCUCACACCGUCCACUUGGACCUGCCCCACGAAAGACUUUCUACCCUGCUCAAAGGCCUCCUUACUCCCGAAUGGCCCAUGCCUCUCCACAGGACAGGGCAACUUCCUCUCAACCGUCUCUCCCUUUAUACAUGAUGAUCCCUGGACCAAAACUCGUGCCUGUCCCCUCCACUGGACCAACACGUCAUUGUCCAGCGAUGAUCCAUGGACCAGCAAUGUUCCAGGCAAAGCAACCGGUUUUCUAUACAUCCCAAGCAACGGCUGGAAAUGUCCCUUCAAGGAAGAGGAAGCGGGAUGCAGAUGACGCUGGGAGGCCGUACAUCAAGAAACCUCUGAACGCCUUCAUGAUUUACAGAGCAGAGCAGAGAGGAGCCAUCAUGCAGGAGCUUGGCAUUACGAACUCAGCAGAAGUCAACACCAUCCUCGGCGAGAGAUGGGGCGAGCUAUCUGAGGCAGAACAAGCUCCGUACUUUGAGAAAGCCCGAGUGCUCAAGAGAGAGCACCAGGCCAAAUACCCUGAUUGUGCUACGGUCAACCUCAGUGCUACGGUCAACCUCCAUUCUAUGGUCAUCUUCCAGUCCCUGGCCGACCCCCAGUGCAUGGUACACCCCCUGUUUGUGUCCACCAGAACCCACCUGGUAUCCCGUCGACUGAUGGAUGGAGAGAGUUCUCCGUCCACCAGCCCUGCCAGCUCCAAGAAACACCUCUUGGAGGUUGUGGACAGUGGAAGUAGUUCACCUCUGCCCAAGUUUGCAUCAUCACCCAAACCAAACAACAGCUACAUGUUCAAGAGGGAACCUCCGGAGGGCUGCGAAAAGGUCAAAGCCUACGAGGAGAGCUCCAGACAGUCGGCCUCAGCCUCCGCUCCCCUCUUCUCCUGCCCCGACAAGAACAAGGUCAACUUCAUCCCCACGGGUUCGGCCUUCUGCCCGGUCAAACUGCCCGGCUCGCUGCCCCUGCCCCCCAGCGCGGCUCUGCACGGGCCGCCCACACAGGUGUCCACCAGCACCAGCACGGACGAGGGCCCCACAGAGACUGAAGCCCCCCAGACAGAGGACGCCGCCGUCAGCUAG